ACAACUCUUUUGAAACUGAGUAACAACUUUGGUUUCCCACAAGUGUCAUCUGACAACCUCCCAAACAGCAACCUAAAAUUUCUAGAAAUAAAAACAUCCUUUCACGCGAAUUACAUACAUAUCAGUUUGAAUUGGCAAAAUUAACAGCUCUUUCGGAGAACGACUUUGAAAAUGGCACCUCAUGAAAAAUGUAACGAAGAGGAUGAUAUGAAGGACAUCACGGAACCACGAGAAUCAGAUGUGCUAUGCGGUAGAGGAGGUGCUGCAUUGAGGCAUGUAGGGAAUCAAACUUAUCGGAGACUUGUGAAUCUGAACAAGCCUCUCUAUAUCACUUGUCUUAAAACAGAGAAACUGAAAAUCAGCAGGUCAAUUGUUGCUGCCAUCCGGGAGCAAAACGGUAGAUUUUUGGAACGCGACGCCCAAAAAGGUGUUUGGACUGAUAUAGGGGACAAGAAGGCAAUUGAAAAGACUUCACAAGCUCUUCGAGAGGGGCAACCUAAACUCAAGAAAAAGCUGGCUGCGAUGGGACAAUUGCCUGCAGAGCAAGCGAAUGGUGGUGUUGACGCCACUCGUAAUAGUUCUACGCAACAACAGGCUGUGCAACAUUAUGGGAAUGGUAUUUACAAUCCACGUGGCGUACAUCCCAGUAUCAGCAACGUUAUGAAUAACAAUAUUAACGAUGGCAUGGAUAUGAAUUUUAAUAUGCGCGGUGGCAUGAGGAUGAACAGUGGUACGAACAUGAAUGCGAACAUGAACAUGAAUAUGAAUAACUAUGAUCGGGCUGGAUCAGGGAACUUUUCGAGUUCGACUAUGUUUGCUUCGAUGCAACAGCAGGUACAACAGCAGCAAUAUGACCGAUUCAAUCAGAUGGGUGGGAACCACAUGGGAAGGGACACUACUGGGAAUAUGAGACAUGGUAUGAUGCAAAAUCCUGCAAGACCACAUCGUGACGAGAAUCCUGCAAGACCACAACGUAACGAUUUUGACGACGACAAUGAUUUGACAAUGAUCCGACAUUUGAGUUUGGAUUCAACUCCUCAAUCCAUACCUAGCUGGACACCGAGCGUGAGAUCAACGGAUUCAUUUGCAAUGUCUAUUGGAGAAGACAUUCCGCAAAUGGUUACCAAUCGGAAAGGAUCACGUACCCUUAUCCGAAAUCCGUUUAGUGCACCUUACCCUUGUAACGAGAAUAGAAAUAGCAACGGAAGUGAUUUUUCUGCCUAUGGCAAUGGAAUGGGAAGGGAUGGAAGCCAAACGAGGUCCUCUUCUUUUGAUAUAGAGGACGUUGGACCGUUUGAUAGAUCGAACGAACCACAUCGACGACAGCAGCAGCAAUUUGUAAGGACUCACGACUAUGGGCAAAAUACUCUUAACGAAAGCAAUCAAAUGAAAACAAACGACAACCAACGGUCGCCCACUACUUCCAUUAAAGAUCGACGACGCAACUUCGCAAGAUUGAAGGAUGUCCGAGCAUCUUCAUUGCGGAGCGGAUCUUCCCGUAGCAUUGAUGACAUGCCAGAUAUCCAUAUGGUUGAUAGUCAAUUUUCUUUGCUUUCGAACCUCUCGGCUCAUGGUUCAAAACAUCAAGGUCAAAAUGCCAUCGACAUGGCUAUUAGCACCCAUCGUGGUGGGCGGAAAGAUUCUAUKGGGAGUGGAUAUAUCGGUGUUGCAAGUCGACGGUCAGUAAUGUCAGGUUUGUCGAAAAUGAGCGCGCACUCAGUGGACUUAAACGUAUUUUCAGGGUUGUCGCGGAAGUUCAGCGGGGGCACUAAUCAUACAGCAUCAAGUCGAUCUAUGAUAAGUGAAUUCAGUGGAAUUGACGAGGACGAUUUUGCCGAAGAUGAUUUUGAUUUCGAUAUACCAACGAAACCAAAUCCCUGAAUAUGAUUCUGACAGGAUUGUGAUACUAGACACAAAAUGAAACGGGACAGACUAUCUCAAAGAUCUUGUUUUGGGACCUGGGCCAAGUAGAGUAAUUGGUUCAAUAGACCAGAGAAACGAUACAGGAUAGACUCCUCCUACUGUGUUGAGUCGGAGAAUGAAUGCAAAAGUUUCAAAUUGCGAUCACCCAUUGUUUAAAACCCAAUUUUUCUCACGGAGGACUUCAGAGGUGGAAGUUAAAUUUAGUCAUUGGUGAUUGAUACAUGCAUUUACUUUCCAUGGACUAAAUCCUCUAGUCGGGACAACUGCAGGUAAUAUGCAAAUAGUAGUCUUCGUUAGCAUCUGUGAGUACAAUCCCUGUCAGUUCUGCUGCUAUUUGCCUAAUCACGCUUGAUCUCAGAAAAAGGAAACAGACAUCUACUGAUACAAAACAGCACAUUUUUGCUUAUUCACACUUGAUCUCGUAUGAGAGAAACAGAGCAAGCUAUUGAUACAAAUCAAAAAGCUUGAUUUAC